GAACUGUGUGAGACCAUGGUGAGACUUUGAAAAACGGCGGCCAUUGUGUCAAAACGGGGUCAAGACGACUAAAGAUGUUGACAAAAGCACGUCAGAAACAAAGUUAAUUUUGGACUUAGGACUCACUUUUUUCAACGUUUUUCAACGUUCAAAGACAGCAGCAACUACCACGAACAGUGUCGUUUGGAAUGAUAAUAUGUCGUUUAACAACUUUGAGUGUGGGACAACUGCAUAGCGUGAUUUUGACGAGAACGACAAGUCAACAACCACAGGGUUUCGCCACGUUGAUGCACCGUGAAGUCUCGACGAAGUCGCCCGUGUACGCCCCGGAACAUCCUCGUGGUGGUGCGAUGAUGAGUUUACCAGUCCGUGUGGCUCCCCCGGGUACCAGCGAAGAAAAUACCGAGUUGUUUCGAUUGAACUUGUUGGUGUUUCUGAAACUUGGAACUUGGGAAGUUUUGACCGAUGAUACCAGAUGUCAGGAAAUCUGUUCCAAGCUUCCAACCCGAGCGGAAUCAUGGCAACAGUUGGGAAGUGACCGCAGUGGCAUUGACACAACUGCAAAGGAUGUCAACACUGCGCUGAAGAUAGGCUUACACACGUCCACAGAAAGGAGGGUAGUCACAACGCCGCACGGGUAGUGCUGUGAACGAGUCCAUUUCAUCCUCGAGUGGCCGGCUGGAGAGGAGGCUAUCAAGCCGAGAUGCUCUUACGAUGGGCCGGAUGCUUCUCAUGUCAAGCACAGUGCGGUUACAGGAAUACAUACGUGGGUUUCGUGCACAAGUACCCCCUCAACGGUAACAAAGGGAGAGUUGGGGGAGACCACUGGGAGAGACAGUCAACCGCAUUGCCAACAACGCCCGACGCUCACGCACAAACCACAGGUUUGUUCAGUUUUUAUAGCACAUUAGUCAUGCAUAUAGCAAGCCAGUGUGAACCAGUAUGCACACGCAGCGUGUCUCUCCGGCCCACUGGGCCUAAAGUGGUCGGAUUGCGCCCUCUAUAAUUCGUGCACAGAGUCAUAGACAAAAUAUUGAGUAUUGAUGAAAAACAUUUGCGACUUUUUUUUUGCCAUCACCCGCAGAGUAAAUACACAUUUGCACAUUGAUACAUGUAAAUGUCUCCUGUUGAUGUUCCGUAUAUCCCAUGGCAAGAAUGUCGCAUCCUGACGCCACUUUUUCCGUCAUAUACACGUAUUAUCUCAACGAAGGUCAGUCAUUGCAAAAA